UCCAAAAUGAUUGAGAGAAGGUGGUGUCUACCAUGUCGAAACAUGGCAUGAUACAGAGAUAAGAGCAGGAAGUGUCAUAUCUCGUCGAAUAUGGAGAUGGAUUCGGUCAAUAGUGAAAUAAGUUAUCAGAUUCCAGAUCUUUUAUCUUCAGAAAAGCUCAUAAGUGCCCUUAGACAACGUAGAGUCAUCCGCAGUGAAGAAGAUGUUAGCUGUUUUGAUAAAGAGGCACUUGUUACGCUUUAUAAGAAAUUUAUUCUCCCUCUUCCACAAAGAAAGCAGUUGAGCAGAUGUCAAAAAAGAAUGUGCCCAAAAGAAAUGAUGAAAUAUUUGCAAAGAACUUCUGGCAUUAAAAGAAAACACGAAAGAAACAACAAAGAAGCUGAUGACCCUGAUUUGAAGCUGACAAAAUAUCAAGAGGUUGAUGAUCAAGUAAAAACGCCAAAAGAUGAACAUGAGAGAGACAUUAGAAAGGCUAGCACUGUGAGAAUCUCAACCAAGGACAAUGCAGAAAAAAGAAAGCCUAUAAAACUGAAACGAAAGCACUCUCACUCAAGAGAGACAACUGAAUUCAAAAGGGAAACAUCAGAUGUUGACAGUAUUAUUUCUGUUUCUAGUUCACUUGAAGAGGAAAACGCCAAUCUUAAAAACAGAGAAAGGUGUGAGGAAUCAUAAAAAAAAAACAAAUCAUGCAGUUUGCUCAAAAAUAAAAGAGUAAAACUGGAUUAAAUCUUAGCUUUAUGUACAUAUUCAUUAGAACCUUUUAUAAUCAUAAAAUUAGAAGUAACCUUUUUAAAAUACAGUCUGAAUACCAAUUCUGAGUGCAUAUCAGUGUACUGCAGAACAUCAAAAGAAAAAUAGUAGGGUUGGUAUUUGACCUUCAUCAAAGCUUGUACCAUUUGUGGACUCUCCACUGUUCUCAAAGCUGAACUUUACUCCUUCAGUAACAACUUCUGAUUGACCCUCGUCCCCACCAAAAGAUGGAGGGCCUUCUAUCAAAAGACAAAGUGAAUAAAAUACAUUUUCCUUUAGCUUCAUGGGUUCUUCAUCGAACAGAAUGUCAAAUAUCUGUGGUGAUUCAACACUGCUAAACUCAGGAUCAGGUGGGCAUGUGAAUGUUGCUUCUAAGGUUAAUAUAACUUCUGAUUCCUCUGAUAAGACAAUAUUGACGGAAUAUUCCCCACCACAAGGUGAACCAUACAAUCCAACACCAGCUAGGUGAAUUUCUUCACUAACUUUAAACCUGAUGCCAUCAAUAUCUCUUUCAUCAUAUCUCCAUAGGUAAUUGCGCAUUACUUUCCUGUAUCGCUGACAUGAAAAUGGUCUACAAUCUCUUUUUGUCAAUGAAAACUUAUGUGUAUCAACUAUACCAGCAUUCAAGUAAAUAAAUAUAUCUUUGAUAUCUUUAACAUCUAAAACAUUGGAUCUUGCCGGACCCUCUGCAAAUUCCUUUGCUGACAUAACAGGAAAUCUAAUCAAGUUGAUCAGGUCACCCAAAACUGUCUUCUCAUUGAUAUCAUUGACUUCAAGGCCAGAUCUCAAGCAUUCUUUCUCCGACCAAGCUUUAACAGCAUGGAAUAAAUCAAUUUCAUUUAUCGUAAGGCUGUCUUUUUUAAGGAUAGAAGUAAGAAGUGAUUUUUCAACCUCCAAAAAUGCUUCAGUGUUUACAGCAGCAAGUGUUUUACGAGAGACUAGUGACCAACAGUGUCUCUCUAACUUUUCUUCAGAAAAGCAUCUGGCGCAAUGCAAAACCUCAAGCACGUUAUCAAUUGUGAUGUUCUCCAUCAAGUAUGAAAUACAUUCUUUCACUAAAACGGGUAUUAUAUACUUUUUUGCCAGAUAAAGGACACCCAAAACACUAUUAGAAUUCAAAUUGGCUUGGUCACAAUAGACAAAUCUUAGAAAUUCAGUGAACGAUUCUGGAUCACAAUCCUUGACGUCAAUAACGUCGGUGUUCUCGGCGAGCUCUCCAUAUAACAUGGCGAAGAAUACGGGGCUAGCCGUAGCGAGGACAUAUUUAUGUGCAUAUAUUAUUUCAAAAUUUUCAUCAAAUUUGCCUACUUUGAACCUAACGUCACUAAGAAGUUCACUCUUGAACAUAAACUGAUUUCUUUCCCGAACGUUAGCGCGAGAUGUCUGCCAGUGUUUAUCAUAUGUCUUUACUGGAACGGAUUUCUUUUUUUCAUCUACGGAGCAUGGCGGAGAUGUUGACUGGAUGUUUUCAGCUACUCCGUUGAGACAUCUAACAAUGCACCUUGCCGUCUGAACAGUUCUGUCGUUGAUUGAAGUGAGAAGCAAUGGCAAGUCUGGACUCACACUAGAUACGCUUUCUGCGUCCAUGUCGUCCAAAACAAAACAACACAAA